AUGCCCCUCUCUCCCAUGCUCUUCUGUAUAUUGGCUUUGCUACUGCUCCAAGAGGCUUUUCCAGAGGCUCUCAUCGAAAGCCUAACAGUGGUAGAGGGUCAAGAUCUGGAUUUGCAUUGUGUGGUGGCUGGAGACAACGUAUCCGCUCUGCAGUGGUCCAACCCAUGCUGGUUUGUGAUUUUUCUCGACCACCAACGAGGUUUAAAGGAUCAAAGGUAUAAGCUUAUUAAUUCUUCAAAGGAUCAUCUGUCUAUUCGCAUCUCCAACGUAACAACGGGUGACGAGGGACUGUAUACAUGCUACCAGUACGGUGCAGCAGUCAUAACCAAGCAGGUGAAUGUCACCGUCUUAGCUGCUCCUUCCAAACCUCUGUUGGAAGAAUCGACAGUUCACGGCAGAGAAGAAAAGAUGCUCUUAAGGUGUUCCACCUGGGGGAGUAAGCCCCCUCCUCAGAUGACAUGGCUGCUGGACAACGGGAUAGAGCUCUUUGGUGACACCCAACAUCAGUGUGAAGGAAAUGGAAAGAAAUGCAACACAACCAGCACUCUGGCAGUUCAUACCUUCAAGGAGAAGUCUACUGUGACUUGUGUUAUUCGCCAUGAAGCUCUGGGAAGAGGAAAUUUAACUGCAACUGUCCACCUCAGCCGUAUCAAAUCUACUACAGACAUCAUUCCAACUACCUCUGAAUUUGGCAUGACGACCUCGGAUAACCCUUGGCAUCACACAGACAACAUAUUAAACGCAACAGAAGGAAACUUUUGGAUACAAAGACGGUCACCAAGCAGCGAAGCGGACAUGCCAAACUCCACCACCAUAAACGGUAUGUCGGACUCAGACAUCAUAUUAAAUGUAACAGAAAGAAACUUUGGGGCACAAACAAUAUCGGCAAGCAAAGAAACAGCAACUCAGAAACCUAAUUCAAUUAAUGGAACAAACUUUACCCAUGAAGGAAUCGUGAAGAAGCCGAGCAAGUUAUUACCCAUCCUUGUGGCCGGGUUACUUUUGAUUCUAUUUGUCAUAGUCCUGCUCUUAUCAGUGAAACUGUGGAAAGCGCACAGAGCAUGGAAGAGAGAAAAUGACUCUUCGGAACUGACGCUAGAGAGCUACAAAGUCAGGCCUAACGAAGACAAUCGUCUACAGGAGAACAGGCACGCCUUCAGUCGGAAUUCCAGUAAGAAGCGUGCAACUGAAGGGUCUUGCAGGACAUCAUCAAAGAAUUCAGAAGAAUCAAACGAAUCAGUCUUUGAGAAACAGUUGCCCUACAUAAAAGAGACGGAUCUAUAGCUGUCAGUC